AUGAACUGCGUAGCCGCGCUUUCGAAAGCCGGCUCAGACCCUUCGGACAUCCUUUAUGUGUCUUCAGCAGCUCAGCAACUGAAGCAACAUGCUGCUCGCAGAAAUGCCUCUCCCAGCUCCCCAACUCAUCAUCUUGAACGUCUACAGCGUGCGGGAAUGCAAUUCAAUGCCCGUACUCGAAGAAUUCGUGGCAUGCAACGGGUUUACCCACCCACUGUGUCCAACGAGCUCAGCAUGGCCACUACGGUCAUUAACAACUCCUCCCUCAUCGUUGUAGCUACAGCCGCCAUGUUCACUAGGCUGGGGUCAACAAUUCAUCAACCUGUUCAGGGACUCCUGGUUGACGAAGCUGGUCAAUUGACAGCCACCGAGCUAUUGGCCGCCAUCUGCAGUUUGAACUCUACUUUUCAACGACUGGUUCUUGCGGGAGACCCUGCGCAGCUCACAAGUCCCCUGCCCCCCGUCCUGUUGCCGAUGUACAACAUUGGCUUAAUGAGUGCCUUGGUAUUGGCCGUAUCUCAUCCACAAUCGACCAAGCUCGCGUUGACGGCUUCAUUCCGCUUCAAUCGGCCACUGGCCGAAGCCAUCAGUCACUCUUGUUAUAAUGGGCGGCUAACUUCCGCAACAAAUCGCCCACCACUGCCAGAACUUCAGCUACCGCAGUUUGGGGUUAACAAGUCCCCUAUCCUGUUUUUGGCCGAAGAUGGCCCUGAAGUUCGCCACGGUAAUUCGUACUCGAACCCCCACCAACUUUCCAAAGCUGUUGAUCACCUAGCUGCGUUAGCUCAGCAAGUCCCAGCUCUUCAACAAGGCCAACGCUCGGUAGCCAUUGUCGCUCCUUAUUCGGCCGCUACUCGAAGCAUGGAUGGGGCAAUGACUCCACUUCGCCAAGCAUUUCCACAGCUCAAUGUUACUAUAGCUAGCAUUGACCAGUUUCAAGGCCGUGAAGCUGACGUCGUCUACUUUCUCACCAUCCGCACCCAGCCAGGCUCUUCUUAG